AUGAAUCUGUCGGGUCGGGUCGGUGAGGUUUGGUUUGAUUUGGCUUGGUUAGGUGAGCAUUGUACGGGACAAGACACUGGCAGUACUCUGUCCCGUACCCAAAAGUCUCACCCUUGCAUGAUCGCCCGCGCUAUCGGCCCCGGUGCGGAGAGCCAUGCAGCUUUGCCUCCAAGUGGUCCGUUUGGCAUAUCCAGCUGCGGUGCGGUGCUGGCUGCAUCUGCCAGUUGCGCAUUUGCAUUUGCAUUUGCAUUUGCGUUUGUGUUUGCCCGCUCCCCUCCUCCCCAACUGCCCACCCCCACGAAGCGCCUCGAGCCGAGGGUUUGGUUUGGUCUGAUCUGGUCUGGUCUGGACAGAUCUGAUUUGAUCUUGAUCACAAUCCCGCAACGGUUGAGUCGGAUUCCGAGACCAGGUGAAAGUUGGUACAGUACGGCACGGUAUUGUUUCCGUUUCCAUGUCCAUUUCCAAUCUGCCGUCUGGUGGAAGAGUGAGGUGGCUUAA